GCUUCACCGGCAGGGUGGGACACAUAAAUUUCCGCCCCCACACCUGAGUUUUUAUCAUUGUCUUGCCUUCAGCGCCGACACGUCCUGCCUCAUCCUUGCUCCUCCGCCUCUCCCAUACAUCCCAUCCCUCAAUACAAGCAGCAAGAUGAAGGUGGUGCUAGUGGUGGUGGUGGUGGUGGCGGUGGUGGGCGUGGGUUGUCGGGGGUUCAUCUUCCCGCAGCCAGAGAUCGAGAACGAGCCGGCCUGUCUGAUGGAGGGUGGUGAAUGUACUCUGGUGUCCCAGUGUCCCAAGCCUCUCCUCCUGCACGACCUGUGUCCUGUCCAGCAAGCACGCGGGGUAGAAUGCUGCCUUACUGAUAUUAGCGACUACGACUGCAGGAAACAAUGGGGCAUCUGUCUCCCUACGGAGACUUGUGCUAGCUUCCCGAAGGAUCCAGACGCACCUUGCCCUGCCAAUAAGGUGUGUUGCCUCAUCGUUGACUAAUUACUGGGACCGAAAGAAGAUCGACCAGAGAACAGGAAAUACAUAAAUGGUUCUCACAAUGCAAGACUGCCUUCAGUCCGCUGCUCUCAGGGUACCAUCGACCCUGGGGGUGCUGAGAGACGCCUCCAGCAUCCACCAUUACCAGGCUGACAGUAGAUGCGGGAACAAUCAAUUUGGUGACUUUUUUUUCUCUCUCUCUUUUUGUUGUGAGUCUAUAUUAUCUCAUAAUACCAAGGACUGCUACUCAUUUACUCAGAGCAAGUUAUUCCUGUAAUAGGAUCUUAAGAUGUUUGUUCAUAUGUACGAAUGAAAUUAAGUCAAGGGCCCUUGUUAUUAUGUACUUUACUAUUGUCCAGUUUGACAUUUGCUGUAAAAUCCCAUGUAUGUUGUAGAUAUCUACUAAUGUAUAUUUUUUUUAAUUAAGUGAGGUUUAAAGCAGUGUAAUUUCUGAGUUCUUGGUUGUAUUGUUCGACACUUUAUAUGUUACUUUGAAAAUGGCAGACUUGCAUUCGAUGGAACAUGGUUUUCACUAUAUGUUUAAUCCUCUACAACAGUGGCUCUCAACUUUUUUCUAACUUCGUGUACCCUUCCGGGAACUUUUGAGAUGUUCAAGUAUCUUAGCACCUACGACGAUUUAUAAAAAAAAAAUAAAAAUAAAUAAAUAAAAUAAAUAAAUAAAUAAAUAAAUAAAAUAAAUAAUAACAAUAAUAAUAGCAAUAAUAAUAAUAAUAAUAAUAAUAAUAAUAAUAAUAAUAAUAAUAAUAAUAAUAAUAAUAAUAAUAAUAAUAACAAAAAUAAUAAUAAAAUAAUUAUAAUAGUAAUAAUCAAUAAUAUUUACAAAACGUUAAUAUUUCACAUUUUUCUCUAUUUUUGAGACUGAAAAUGCAUAAAUAAAAGUAUUAGACUUCUAUUUUAAACAUAGAAAAUACCCACAUGGUCCUAAAUAAUUGUUACAUGGGUGCUAAAUGUAUGAUAAAACGAAAUGCCACAUUUCAAACCCGUGAUGCGCGAGUUGCGUCUGAGUGCAAUGUAUACUAAUAUAAUACAUAAUUUUCUAGCACUUUGAUCCAGUUGAAAUAAAUUUCUUACCUGCCAUAAAAUUUUCUUCCUAGAA